CCAUAAUAUACUUGACUCGGCGUAGCAAGAGAUCCAUUGUUUUCCGACGUUUCGUGGAGGCAGCAGACCUCGUGCACGCGUUUUUCGAACAGCGUUUUAUUUUUAAAAACUCGAAAAUUUGCUCGGUCGCGAUGUUUUAUAUUUCCUUGUGUGGUAUUUUAGAAUAUUACGAUCGGAAAAACGUGCCGUGAGAGUGACUGAAAUAUAUCUACAGAGAAAACGUUACGAAAACGAAACCAAAAACAUGCGAAUUUAGGACAGCUGUUCAAUAUUUCGAAAUAUAAGUGUUUGUGAAUUUGGUUGAUACGAAAAGGUUGAAAAAGAAAAUACUAAAAAAUUGAAAUACUGUUAACCUUUGGAGAAUUUUAGAGAUAUAUAUAUAUAUAUACAAACACCUGUGGGUCCGCAUAUCUAUAUACAGAAUAAAAUAAGAGGACUGCGAAGGGGAGAUGAAAUAGUGUGCGAAAACUUCAUGAAAGCUCGUGGUCGUGUAAAGGCAAAUAACGAGACGAUGCCGCCCUCAUCGCAUGCAAAUUGGACGAAACCCCUCUUAAAGAGCGGUCAAAUGAUGCAAAUGCAGGUGAAACGGGCGGCGACCGGUGUAAAUAGACAAAAUUUACAAAAUUCAACAAUCGGCGAGCACGGUAGCCCCCUCGAUCGUCGAAUAAAGGUCGUUCUCGUGGGUGAUGGAGCUGUCGGAAAAACAAGUCUGGUCGUCUCGUACUCCACCAAUGGCUUUCCCGGUGAAUACGUACCCACGGCCUUUGACAAUUACAAUGUCGUUGUUAACGUUGACGGUUUACCAUUGAACGUACAACUGUGCGACACUGCCGGACAGGAUGACUUUGAUCCAUUGCGAUCGUUGUGUUAUCCAGAGACAGAUGUCUUCCUAAUUUGCUUCAGUGUCGUUUGUCCCUCGUCUUAUCACAGCGUCGCUUUAAGAUGGAUCGACGAAGUACGAAAAUAUUGUCCGAAUGCUCCUAUCAUUUUGGUGGGAACAAAAAGUGAUUUACGUUCGGACGUUCGUCUAAUGUUGCAACUAGCAAGAUACGGGCAAGCGCCGAUAACGACAAGCCAAGGUCAUCAAUUGGCACAGCGAUUGGGAGCUGUGAGCUACGUCGAGACGUCAGCGUUGACGCAACACGAUUUAAAGGAGGCGUUCGAUCAGGCGAUAGUGAGUGCCCUGAGUACGAGAAGAGGUGGAGCCGGUUUGUUAUCACGACGUAGGAAACCACUGUCGAUUUGGCGAAGAUGGUUGUGCUGUUGGGAACGAUCGUCUUCCAGCGACUCGUAAUUUCAUGUAUUUUUUCUAAUAUCGACUGGACGAAAGAGGGUUUAAAAAAAAGUGGGCUCUCUAGAUUUUUAACUGUGAUCAUUCGUGGCUACCACUGCAGAGUCUCAUUUGGUUCUUCUGAGUCGUAUUGAAACAAAAAGUAUUCGAUAAUGAAAAUUCACCGUUUGAAUGCGACGUUGAACUUUGUACUUUUGAACUUUCGUGUUAUUCACAAUUGUCAAUGGCUUUACGCCUUUUGAUUGCAGAUUCAUGACACAAGUAGAAAUUGAAAAAAAUUGACGCAUCCACAUGAAAAUAAAAGAGACAGAAAAAACAUACAUUUUUUCUUCCAUUUUAACGACAUAAAUUUGACAAUUAUUAGGAAAAUUUAGACUACUCUGUUAACAAGAUUUUUUGUAUUUCAAGCCAAGCGUUGAUGCUCUCGAUUCUUACCAAAAUUUUGUCAGUUUUUUGUCCGUUUUGUGAAAAUAAAUACGUGUAAACGAUUUGACAUAAACUGGCAUAGAUGGAAUUGAAAUUAAAGUUGAAAUGUAACGAGACAAUGUACUGUCGAUUCAACUACGUUAGGGAGCAUCGAUUUUCUUUCAUAACUAGUUCAUUUAUCAAUUUGUAAAACGGACUUAUCCAAAAAUUUGACCAAUUCCAAAGCUUAAGUCUAUGGAGAAAGUUGAUUGGUGAUACUGUAAAGAAAAAAUUCGUUGCCUUCAAGCGGUGCUAACUCGAAUUUUCAUAGUCUUAUACCAUUUUGAUAAAAAUAUUUCCGCCCUCGCGUGAGGGUUAUUAUUUGAGCUGCAAAAUAAAUCAAAUUCAAAAUAUUUUUAAGUCAUCGAGCUCACGUGAACAACUCAAAAUCGAUGGUGGCGCCUUUCGUACAAUAUAUAGUAAAUAUGGUCGCUGUCACAUUUCAGACGCCCCGCGUGUAUUCUAGCGAAUUUCUCCAUGAAUUUUUAUUGAAAUCGAGAAAAAUAAAUUUCAUAAUGAGCAGUGAAGAGGUGUGAAUCCGGCUCUGAUAUCUUUGGUUGUGGCAAAUGCGUGUGCAAUUUGUGAUAAAAUAAUCUUUGUAACCGGGGUAAAAGGUGUCAUGGUGUACGCAAAUUGCUCCGUAUUUUUAUUUACUCAUUGCGUUGGUGAGAAAAAUCUGCUGUCCGAAAACGAACUACAGCCGGAAUCGGCUAAUUAAUAGUAUCAAGAGACUCGGUAGAGUCUCGGGACAAGUACAUUGACAGCCUUGUCGUCCGCUGGCCCGAGGCUCUCGCCGAGAUCUUUUUAUUAUUUUUAUACUUUCUCUGAACAAAACGAUUCGCGGU